AUGCCUACGGUAGAAGUUUUUUCAGCUGAUGUUUUAGAUCCGGAUUUGGUGCUGUACUUCGAUUAUGAAGAUUUUAAAGGUGAUACCGUCGUUGAAAAAUCUGGACGUGGCUACGACGGUGCGAUUAAUGGAAAGGUCACACAAUCCAAUGAUGGGAAGUUCGGGAAAGCCGCCCACUUCGUAGCCGGCAGUUUCUUGGAUUUAGAUGGUCCCAACGUUAAGCCUGAAGACAUCCCCACCGAAGGUAUGAGUAUUGUCGCGUGGAUCUACGUUGAAGCCAUAUCGGAUAUGGCAGUUUUCAACGCUCGCGCAGGCGAUAGCACUUGGCUUGUACACCCAGAGGCACGCGGGGAGGGAAACUAUCGUUGGCUCAAUCGGAGUCCUGGCGGCGCGACUAUCUUUGACAUUCGCGGUGGAGAUAACAAGGCGAAUCAAUGGCAGCAUUACGCUGGUACGUUCAGCCGCGCCGAUGGGUUAGCCAUACUUUACAUCAAUGGAAAAAAUGUCGGUGAAGAAAAAGCACGGAUCGGCACGCCUAUUGCACCAGACUGGGAUCAGGGUGCCCGUGUUGGCUAUAACAUUGACAACAACCGCCCCCUCGCCGGACUGAUGGACGACCUUAACGUCUGGAAACGUGGCUUGACAGAGGAAGAAGUCAAUAUCAUCAUGAACGAUGGUGUUGAAGCGUUUCUUGCUGUAGAAGCACACGAAUUCCCGCUAUUUGAAAUGCAGACCGCAUCCGCCCAGGUUCUGGAUCCGGAUUUAGUGCUAUAUUUCGAUUAUGAAGACUUCGAUGGUGAUACCGUCGUUGAAAAAUCUGGACAUGGCUACGAUGGCGCGAUUAAUGGGACGGUAACGCAAUCUGACGAUGGGAAGUUUGGUAAAGCCGCCCUUUUCGCAGCCAGCAGUUUUCUGGAUUUAGAUGGUCCCAAUGUUAACACUGAAGACAUCCCUACCGAAGGCAUGAGUCUUGUCGCGUGGAUCAACGUUGAAUCCGUCACAGACAUGGCGAUUUUUAACGCUCGCGCAGGUGAUAAUACAUGGCUUGUACACCCCGAAGCACGCGGCGAUGGAAACUAUCGUUGGCUCAAUCGGAGUCCCGGUGGCACAACGAUAUUCGACAUCCGGGGUGGCGAAAACAAAGCCAAUGAAUGGAUACAUUACGCAGGAACAUUCAGCCGAUCAGAAGGAUUAGCUGUGCUUUACAUCAACGGUGAAAAUGUCGGUGAAGAAGCAGCUCGCGUUGGCACGCCUAUCGUAGGAGAUUGGGAUUCGGGGGCACGCGUCGGCGUUAACAUCGACGACAACCGUCCUUUCACCGGGCUGAUGGAUGACUUUAACCUCUGGAAACGCGGUUUGACAGAGGAAGAGGUCAAUGAUAUUAUGAACAACGGUCUUGGCACAUCGCUCACAGCAGUAGAAGCACGCGGUAAACUCGCAACUACCUGGGGCAAGCUUAAAGCAAACUAA